AUGGCUAAUGUCCUUGCUAUCCGUAGCGAGGUGACAGGCAAGCCCCCCAUCAAGAUGACCCCCAAGAUGCAGGGAGCUGGGGGUCUUGGUACCCGAUUGAGUGGCGGUGUCAAGAAGCGCAAGACUGCUGGCGGUCGACUGAUCCAGAAUGUGCACAAGGAUGGGGGCGAUUCUGACAGAGAUGAUGUCGACAAUGUUGCGGGCAACACCACCAUUGUCUACGCCUCUGCUGCCGCAGCUGACCCGUCUAGCGAUACUGGUGAUGCCGCUCCUUUGGGGGUCCAAGUCCAUGCUGACGACUUCAGUGAUGAGGAGCAUGACGAGGAAGAGGAACGCACAAAGACGCAGAAGGAAAUGAUUGGGGACGGGCGACAGGACAUGCUUAACAACAUCACCGAGCGUGAUGGGGCGUCGCUUCCCUCUCAAAGUCCUGCUGAGAGCCCACUAGAGGGUGUUGCCGCGGCAUCUGACCAGGCUGCUAACGGGUGGCCUGCUGAGUUGGAGCGAACCACACAGCAGCAGCCACUGCUGAUUUCAUCGCUGUUGGAGAAACUUAACAACGGGUCCUGCUCGAACCUGGAGAAGGGUGCGGUGGGUCCUGCCUCGGGGGGCGUUGCUGUCUUGAAAAAGAUGGAGCUUGCUGUGGUUGUGGCGUUUUUUCGCCAACCGGACGAUGUUACGAGCGUGUACCCAUCAGAAAGCGUGGUGAUGCGGUGCCUCAUCGGUGUUUGGGGCGAGAGCAAGGCUGCCGCGCUGGCAGCAGUAAUGAUGUACUGCGUGGCGCGGGCAGGCGCUUCAACGCGCAAGCAGAGUGAUUGCGUGCGCGGAUCUCGAUGA